GAAACGUCACAACGGGAGAGACAGGAAGUGGGAUCUGAAGGAAAGCGGAACCAGGAGACACCGAGAGGAACCAGCACCGAAAGAUGUGGAAAUCUUCAGCAGGACAUUCUCUCUCCAUCUCAGCUGAUGAGACAGACGAUUGGGAGACAGAUCCGGACUUUGUGAAUGACGUGAGUGAAAAGGAGCAACGAUGGGGUGCAAAAACAGUAGACGGUUCUGGUCAUCAAGAACACAUCAAUAUCCACACACUGCGGGAGAAUGUGUCGCAGGAGCAUCAAAAUCUUAAAGAGAAUGAGCUGCAAACUGGACCCCAAGCAUCUCAUGGUUAUGGGGGGAAGUUUGGUGUAGAGAAGGAUCGCAUGGACAAGUCUGCUGUUGGUCACGAAUAUCAGUCCAAACUUUCUAAACACUGCUCACAGCUGGAUUCAACCAAAGGCUUUGGGGGGAAAUUUGGUGUCCAGACGGAUCGAGUGGAUGAGUCUGCCAUGACCUUUGAAUAUCAAGGGAAGACUGAGAAACAUGCGUCCCAGAAAGAUUACUCUACUGGCUUUGGAGGAAAAUAUGGAGUGCAGGCUGACCGAAUGGAUAAAAGUGCUGUUACGUUUGAUUACAAGGGCAAAACGGAGAAGCACGAAUCCCAAAAAGAUUAUUCCACUGGCUUUGGAGGGAAAUACGGUGUUCAGGCUGACCGCGUGGAUAAGAGUGCUGUUGGAUUUGAUUACCAGGGAAAGACAGAAAAGCAUGAGUCCCAGAAAGAUUAUUCCAAAGGUUUUGGUGGUAAAUAUGGCAUUGACAAAGACAACGUGGACAAGAGCGCUGUAGGAUUUGAAUAUCAAGGGAAAACUGAAAAGCACGAAUCCCAAAAAGACUAUGUGAAAGGGUUUGGAGGAAAGUUUGGUGUACAGACAGACAGACAAGACAAAUGUGCGCUUGGCUGGGAUCACCAGGAGAAAAUGCAGCUACACGAGUCCCAAAAAGAUCACUCUAAGGGAUUUGGUGGAAAGUAUGGUGUGCAGAAAGAUCGCAUGGACAAGACAGCAGCAUCUUUUGAAGAUGUAGAAAAGGUUGCUCCUGCGUAUCAGCGCACCCGGCCAGUGGAAGUUGAGGGAACCAAAGCCAGUAGCAUACGAGCAAACUUUGAAAACUUUGCAAAGGAGAAGGAGGUGGAGGACCGAAAGAGAACAGAGGCUGAAAAGAAGCAGAGACUAGAUCGAGAAAAACAAGAGCAGGACGAAGCACGGAAAAACCAAGAGGAACAAGCUAAAGCGAAGCCUAUUUCUCCACCUACAUCUCCAAGACGCCCGGUCGUGCAAGAAGAGCCAGCUAGCCCUAUAUAUGAAGAUGCAACGCCUGCAUAUGAGGAGGUACCAGAACGUGCUCCUGCAGCAGCUCCCCCACGAGUGUAUACAGAAGACAAUGCUGAUUACCAGGAAACUGUGAGCCAGAAACACCCGGCACCAAGCUCUGAUCCUGUGUAUGAACCAGCAGAUGAUUACCAAGAUGUUGAAAAUACCUAUGACGAAUAUGAAUCUGACCUUGGGAUUACAGCCAUCGCAUUGUAUGACUAUCAAGCAGCUGGUGACGAUGAAAUUUCCUUUGAUCCUGAUGACAUAAUCACCAACAUUGAGAUGAUUGAUGAGGGUUGGUGGAGGGGGCUGUGCAAAGAGCGAUAUGGGUUGUUUCCUGCUAAUUAUGUAGAACUUCGACAAUAAGAUGCCUGCCAUAGUGUCUUUUUCUCCUGCGGUUGCUGUGAGAAAUUCCUGCAACUUAAGCCUUCUGUUCGCUGCUGAGCUCUGUAGCUGAACUGCUCAGUUCUCUGCAGCACCUUGCUGCUCGACUCCUCUCGGCCCUGCAUUGCAGGCUUUUUCUCUCUCCCUCUCUCUUUCAUCUCUCUUCUUUACUUCUCCUCUUUCCUCUCUCUGUCUCUCCAUAUUUACUCAAGCUGGAUUGUUACACUACAAAUCAUGAUUUAUUUUCUUUUAGUUUGGUGUAGGUGAUUUGGAUAUAAUUUUUUUUCUAUAUAUAGAGAGAAAUUUGGCAUUUGGGCUUAUAUCGAGCAGUUGAUGCUGCAGGUUGGCAGAGAUAGUGGCUCCACCAGCCCAUUUGCUGUGUGAUAUUCCUUCCUUGCAUUGACUGACGUAAGGCUGAAUGUAAUUGGUUUCCUUCAUGUCCCGAAAGCCUGGGCAUAGAUAUUCCUUAAGAAUCAUCUCAGAGGUAUCAUUCAGAUGUAUACAUGAAAAUACGUAAUUCAGUCCUGAACCUUCAAAUGUACUACAAUGAGAUGUCAGAGUAACAAAAAGCUUAAAUAUGCCUAUUUUCUUUUUAAUAAAACAAAACCUAAAUCGCCAUAGAAUUUGCAGUUAGCACGACUGGAUCACCUAUUUAAGCAAUAUUAGAGAAAAAGCAUUACACUUGAAUCAUUGCACAAUGAAAUACGUUGGGCAUGAAAUACGACUGGAUCAUGUGCUUCAGUGCUGGUUUCUGCUUAAAUUUGUCCCCAGUUUAAGGGUUAUGUUGCUCAACAUCGCUAAUGAGCAACAUAACAUGGUGGAUAUUUUAGACUCUUAACGGAGCAGUAAGGAUGUUCCUUCAUUUUAAUAAACACAACUAAAGACUGUAACAUUAUACUGUGAACCUCCAGUAUGCUGGUGCAAAAGAGAAAGCCCAAUGUGGUGCAACAACUUGGUAUCAUGGAUUUCAGAUUUUCUUUAUUAUAUUCAUUCCAUGGCUCAGCAAUUUAAGAUUUCAUGUUGUGCACCAGUUCUGCCAUCUUCAGUAUUACUAAAAUAUGAGCUACAUCUCCACAGGUUGCAAUGUGUCAAACCAUAGUACUAAUUGAAUAGUUGUGAAGUUACAAAUACUGCUUUAAUCUGCAUGUCUCUGCAGCGUCUUGACUGCAGAAUAAAGCUUCCAAAAUAACCUUCAGCAACUUGCUUGGCAAAGCAGUCCAUGGUGUUCUCAUAAUUUUGUUUUAUAAUCCAGAAAUGUCUCAUUCUUGACGCUAUAUAUUUGCACAGAUUAUACAUUAUGUCAAACCUUUACAUUCUCAUUAGUUAUUGUUCCAUUUUGGGGUUCAAUCGUUUAUGAUCAAUGAAUAAUUUGGACCAAUUGUUAUCACAAUAUAAAAGUAUUUAGAGGGUGCAGUGUGCAGGACUUUACUGCCCCUGGCAAGUGGAACACAAUUUGGGUGGGUUUUUUAAUGCUUUUUUUUUUCUUUUAACUGUUUUUUUGCAUACAGCACUUCAUAUAUGACAUAUGAUUUUGUAAAUGAAGCUUCAAUAAAGUUUUUUCAACCAUA